AUGGGGUUGAGGCAUUGGGCCUUUGCCGCCACCGGCCUGCUUGCUUUAGGAACUAGCGAGCCGUUCACUCCGAAGCACGAAGCUGGACGAUGUGCGAUUCGAGGGAACUGCGGUGGCAACAGCUUCUUCUCUCCUCCUCUGCCCUGCGUGGACAAUAGCCUGGCGACGGAUCCCGAGGACAAUGUGAGGGAACAGCUAGUAGAGAUGUGCGGGCCCAAAUGGGAGACUGGCCCAGUGUGCUGUGAGAAAGGCCAGGCAAGUCAAAAUGCUCUUGAUACGCUGGCCGAGAACCUGCAAAAGGCACAGAGCUUCAUCGCAGAAUGCCCGGCUUGCAAGAAUAACUUCUACAACAUCUUCUGUACUUUCACUUGCUCUCCGGACCAGUCCUUGUUCAUCAACGUAACACAAACCGAGCAGAAUUCGGAGGGUAAGUUGAAAGUUACAGAGCUGGACCAACUUAUAUCGGACAAGUAUGGUUCAGGGUUCUACGACAGCUGCAAAGAUGUCAAGUUUGGGGCAACCAACAAUAAUGCAAUGGCCUUCAUUGGAGGAGGCGCAAAAAACUACCCGGAUUUCUUGAAGUUCUUGGGCAAGAAGUCUAUCCUCGGCUCGCCAUUUCAAAUCAACUUCCCCAGGCCCGGCGACUAUCCAGAGAAGGAUAUGAGGCCACUUGGUAUGGAUCCAAUAGCUUGUAACGAUGAGAGACCGGAGUUUAGAUGUCCGUGUGUGGAUUGCCCUGCUGUAUGCCCGGAGUUGCCCGCAUUAGCAGAUUCCGGUUCAUGCCACGUGGGGAUGGUUCCAUGUCUAUCCUUCGGAGCUAUCCUUACAUAUAGCGUCCUCAUCCUGCUUCUUGCUACUGCGGUUUCUGGGCACAUUGCGUGGGCAAAGCACUCGAGAAGGAGGAGUGAGCGCUUGCGACUCCUCCAAGAUGCAUCCCCGAGUGAUGACGAAGACGAAGGGGAUAUGGUCCACAACGGGGCAAUGUACGACAGGCCACAGAGGAGUUACAAGAUCAACUCAAUCUGCGAUAGCGCAUUCAGCCACUUGGGCUUUACGGCUGCUAGCUUCCCUGGUAUCACUAUCGGCCUUAGCAUUCUCAUUGUUGGACUUCUGAGCAUAGGCUGGGCUCGGUUUGAAAUCGAGAGAGAUCCCGCUCGGUUGUGGGUCAGCCCGACAUCAGCUGCAGCAGAGGAGAAGAGCUUUUUCGAUGCCAACUUCGGCCCAUUUUAUCGUGCCGAGCAGGUGUUCUUGGUCAACGAGACCGACUCAAAUGUGACGAGCCCAGUCUUGAGUUACGAGACUCUCAAAUGGUGGAUCGAUGUGGAAAAGAGGAUCGGUAGUUUGAAAGGUGCAAAGUACAAUGCUACACUUGACGAUGUGUGCUUCAAGCCCAUCGGGGACGCAUGUGUAGUCCAAUCAGUAGCUGCAUACUUCGGAAACGACAUCAGCACCGUUACCGAACAGACAUGGAAGAAGCAGCUCCACAAAUGUGUCAAUUCUCCCGUCGAUUGCCUUCCCGAUUUCCAGCAGCCAAUCGACCCUACGAUGAUCCUUGGCGGCUUGCAGGGAAAAGGCGAUGCCGCUGAUUCGCCCGCGAUGAUAGUCACUUGGGUCGUUAAGAACUAUGCUGAAGGGUCCCCUGAAGUCGAAAAAGCCAUGGAUUGGGAGCAGUCUUUGAAAGAUACCCUCGUCAAGCUUCAGGAUGAAGCUUCCAAUAGGGGACUGCGAUUGUCCUUCUCAACUGAGAUCAGCUUGGAACAGGAGCUCAACAAAUCCACCAAUACGGAUGCCAAUAUUGUGAUCAUAAGCUACAUCAUCAUGUUCUUCUACGCUUCCCUCGCUCUCGGAUCUACGACUCUGUCAGUACGAUCUAUUUUGCGGAACCCGGCAGCCUCUUUGGUUGAGUCCAAGUUCACGCUGGGGGUUGUAGGCAUUGUGAUUGUGUUAAUGUCCAUCUCCGCCUCCGUCGGCCUUUUCUCCGCAGCUGGAAUCAGGGUCACUCUUAUCAUCGCGGAGGUUAUUCCAUUCAUCGUACUGGCAGUCGGUGUGGAUAACAUUUUCUUGAUUGUCCAUGAAUUUGAAAGAGUCAAUGUCAGCCACCCAGAUGAAAUGGUUGAAUUUAGAAUCGCUAAAGCACUGGGACGCAUGGGGCCAUCUAUCUUGCUCUCUGCGGUCACAGAGACGAUUGCGUUCUCGUUAGGUGCUUUUGUGGGCAUGCCUGCUGUACGCAAUUUCGCUAUAUAUGCCGCGGGCGCCGUCUUUAUCAACGCCCUUCUUCAGGUGACUAUGUUCAUCUCCGUACUUACUCUAAACCAAAAGCGCGUUGAAGACCGUCGGGCAGACUGCAUUCCUUGCAUCCAAAUCAAGAGUGCUGGGGUCCAUCUCCCCUCUACUGGAAACGGGUACAUGAGGCCAUACGAGGGUCAGGAGGAAGGCACUCUUCAACGAUUCAUCCGAAAGACUUACGCUCCGACUCUGCUGGAUAAAAAAGUUAAAAUGGCCGUGGUUGUCAUAUUCUUGGGCAUCUUCACCGCCGGGGUCUCAUUGAUUCCAGAAGUGGCGCUAGGUCUCGACCAACGAGUUGCCAUUCCGGAUGACUCCUAUCUGAUCCCUUAUUUCAAUGAUCUUUACGAUUAUUUUGAUUCUGGACCUCCCGUCUACUUCGUCACCCGAGAGCUGAAUGUCACGGAGAGAUUGCACCAGCAGCAACUUUGUUCCCGGUUCAGCACUUGCGAGCAGGAUUCACUCGUCAAUAUACUGGAGGGCGAGCGCAAGCGAUCUAACGUUUCUUACAUUGCUUCUACUCCUGCAAGUUGGAUCGACGACUACUUCCGCUGGCUAGACCCCAAUCUCGCAGAGUGCUGUGUGGAGAACGGCAAAACAUGCUUCGAGGAUCGCGACCCUCCCUGGAAUGUCACCCUCUACGGUAUGCCCGAAGGCCAAGAAUUUAUGCACUACCUAGAGAAAUGGAUACAAGCGCCCUCCGAUGUAGAUUGCCCGUUAGGCGGAAAAGCAGCAUACAGCACUUCCUUAGUCAUUGACUCAAACAGGGAGACUAUACCUGCAAGCAGUUUCCGUAGUGCACACACCUCGCUCCGCAGCCAGGAGGCAUUCAUCAAAGCAUAUGCCUCUGCCCGCAGAAUCGCAGACGGGCUGAGCAAGAACGGCGUCGAAGUCUUCCCUUAUAGCGUCUUCUACAUCUUCUUCGACCAAUACGCCACUAUCGUUCGCCUCACAGCGACGCUGCUCGGCUCAGCACUAGCCCUCAUUCUUGCUAUCUCCUCCAUCCUGCUCGGCUCCGUGUGGACUGGCGCCGUUGUCACAGCUACAGUGAUCAUGAUAGUCGUCGAUAUCAUCGGCACCAUGGCCGUUUUCAACGUCUCGCUCAACGCCGUCAGUCUCGUCAACCUGAUCAUCUGCGUCGGCAUUGGCGUCGAGUUUUGCGCACAUAUCGCACGCGCAUUCAUGUUUCCAUCUCGCGCCGUCAUGGAGCGCGCUAAGAACAAGUUCCGUGGCCGGGAUGCCCGCGCCUGGACAGCUCUCGUCAACGUCGGAGGCUCCGUCUUCUCCGGUAUCACUAUCACGAAGCUCCUGGGAGUCUCCGUGCUGGCGUUUACGCGGAGCAAAAUCUUUGAGAUAUACUACUUCAGGAUAUGGUUGGCACUGGUGGUUUUUGCUGCUACGCAUGCGUUGAUCUUCCUGCCAGUGGCUCUGAGUCUGUUGGGAGGCGAGGGAUAUAUGGACCCCGAGUCUGAGGGAGGGUUAGAGGAGGAUUUGGCGAGUCGCCGGUAUAGAGCGCUGUUGCCGGAGGAUGAAGAUGAUUCUGAUGACGAUUACUAA